CCGCCGCUCGUGUCAUCCAGCUAAUAAGGUUCGGAGGCGAUAGAGUGAGGGCCGGACUGUGGCAGUGUGGUACCGUGCGUGCGUGAGACGGGGAGAAUGGAGGCCCCCUCCUCCUCAUCCGCUCGCCCCAGCUGCCGCCUCCUCGCCGCCGCCGUCCUCCUCCUCGCCGCCUCGCUCCUCCCCCUGGCGCGCGCCGACGACCCCUACAGGUUCUACACCUGGAACGUCACCUUCGGCGACAUCUACCCGCUCGGCGUCAAGCAGGAGGGGAUACUGAUCAACGGCCAGUUCCCGGGGCCGCAGAUCGACGCCGUCACCAACGACAACAUCAUCGUCAAUGUCUUCAACAACUUGCCCGUCCCCUUCCUCCUCUCAUGGCAAGGAAUUCAGCAGAGGAGGAGCUCAUGGCAAGACGGCGUGUACGGUACAAAUUGCCCGAUCCCUCCGGGUGGCAAUUUCACUUACAACAUGCAAUUCAAGGACCAAAUUGGGAGCUACUACUACUUCCCUUCCCUUUUAUUCCACAAGGCAGCUGGUGGUUAUGGUGGCAUCAGGGUUCUUAGCAGACCAAGGAUCCCGGUUCCAUUUGAUCCCCCUGCCGGUGAUUUCACCAUAUUGGCCGGUGACUGGUUCAAACUCAAUCACACUGAUUUGAAAGGCAUUUUAGACAGUGGAAAUGACCUGCCAUUCCCUGAUGGGCUUCUUAUUAAUGGACAAGGCUCGAAUGGCAAUAGAUUUACAGUGGACCAAGGGAAAACAUACCGUUUUCGGGUAUCGAAUGUGGGCAUUGCAACAUCAGUGAAUAUUAGGAUUCAAGGCCAUUCCAUGCUCCUGGUUGAGGUGGAGGGAUCUCACACCAUGCAGACCACAUUCACAUCCAUCGAUAUCCAUCUAGGCCAAUCCUACUCGUUCCUUGUUACUGCUGAUCAGCCACCGGCAGACUACUCCAUAAUUGUCUCGACACGUUUUACCACCCCUGUGCUCACCACCACUGCUAUCCUCCACUACAGCAAUGCAAAUGGUGCUGCAACAGUACCGCCUCCCCCAACGCCUACAACUGAGAUCGAUUUUUCUCUCAACCAGGCUAGAUCUAUUCGGUGGAAUCUGACAGCGAGUGGACCAAGGCCAAACCCUCAAGGUUCUUACCACUACGGCCUUGUCAACACCACACGUACCAUCAGACUCGCCAACUCACGGGCAACCAUCAACGGCAAGCUGAGAUAUGCAGUCAACAGUAUCUCCUUCAUCCCGGCUGACACUCCUCUCAAGGUUGCCGAUUUCUACAACAUUUCGGGAGUGUUCACGCUGGGCAGCAUGCCCGACAACCCAACCGUCGGCGGUGCCUACCUCCAGACAUCUGUCAUGGCGGCCAACAUGCGGGAAUAUGUUGAGAUCAUCUUUGAGAACACCGAGAACUUUGUGCAGUCAUGGCACAUUGACGGUUAUGCAUUCUGGGUCGUUGGGAUGGAUGGAGGUCCAUGGACACCGGCUAGUCGUCAGGGUUACAACCUUAGAGACGCCAUUGCUCGGUACACCUUGCAGGUGUACCCUCAGUCAUGGACCGCCAUCUACAUGCCGCUGGACAACGUGGGCAUGUGGAACGUGAGGUCGGAGAGCUGGGCCCGGCAGUACCUCGGCCAGCAGUUCUACCUCCGUGUCUACUCGCCGGCAAACUCGUGGCGGGACGAGAACCCCAUCCCGAAGAACGCGCUGCUCUGCGGCCGGGCUUCCGGCCGCCGGACCAGGCCUCUCUGAAUCUGAUGCUCUGGGCCGAAGGCCCUGUUUCGUGUCACGAAGGGGUGACUGAAACUUCUGUUGGAUCGGUUGAGGUAGAGAUAUAUUGGGAUGCUCAGAUAGCUGAGCAGAGUUCCACUGUGGCCUUGUUCCACCCAUAUUAUUUUUUUAGCAAUUGUAGUUAAACAUUUUGCGGUGAAUUUAUCUUAUGGGAAGCAUUCUCGCUUCCUUACUGAUAUUUACUGAUCGACGAUAUUUAUUCAUAAUUACCUGAAA